UUCCUUUUGGACAAACUGUUCGGCGUAAUGGUGUAUUCCGUACAGCUUUCGCUGAUCCUCAUUGCCCUGGCAUUGGCCAACUCGCAGCACAUCGACUGCAACCUGAAACGCUUCGCUUUGGUGUCCUACUUAUAG